CUCUCGUGUCUUCCUCAGGUCCGAACACUAUUUGUCAGUGGGCUACCACUGGAUAUUAAACCGCGGGAGCUCUAUCUCCUCUUCAGACCAUUUAAGGGCUAUGAAGGCUCCUUGAUAAAGCUCACUUCUAAACAGCCGGUGGGGUUUGUCAGUUUUGACAGUCGAUCAGAGGCGGAGGCUGCUAAGAAUGCCUUGAACGGGGUACGAUUUGACCCAGAGAUUCCCCAGACUCUGCGGCUGGAGUUCGCCAAGGCCAACACCAAGAUGGCCAAAAACAAGCUGGUAGGCACUCCCAACCCCCCUCCUUCCCAGCAAAGCCCCGGGCCACAGUUCAUAAGCAGAGACCCAUAUGAGCUCACAGUGCCUGCUCUCUAUCCCAGCAGCCCAGACGUGUGGGCCUCAUACCCGCUGUACCCGGCGGAGCUGUCGCCGGCCCUUCCACCCGCUUUCACCUACCCCUCCUCGCUCCACGCUCAGAUUCGUUGGCUCCCGCCUGCAGAUGGAACUCCUCAGGGAUGGAAGUCCAGGCAGUUCUGCUGAAGUAUGUGUGAGUAACAGCACACACAUGCACACACAC